GGCUGAUGACGUCACGAUCCCGUCAUUCUCAGCGGGGAGCAGUAGAGUGGAGGCUGAGGCGGAGCAUGUCGGAGAAGAAGCAGCCCGUGGAUUUGGGGCUUCUGGAGGAGGACGAUGAGUUCGAGGAGUUCCCGGCCGAAGAUUGGGCCGGUUUAGAUGAAGAUGAAGAUGCACAUGUGUGGGAAGACAACUGGGAUGAUGACAAUGUGGAAGAUGAUUUCUCCAAUCAGUUAAGGGCAGAACUAGAAAAACAUGGCUACAAGAUGGAAACCUCAUAGCUUCCAGUGAUGUUGCCAUUUGGCAAUGGACUGUAAAUUUGAAUGCAAAAGUGUAUGGAAUGCAGGAUGGAAGAGAAGACUGUCCAUUAUUUCCCUAAAUUUUGUUUUCUGUUUUGUAUAAAUAAAGAAAAUUAAUCUAAA